AUGAGUUCUGAAGGAGAUAAUAUGGAAAAUACUGAUCAGCAGUAUUAAUAAAUUCAGCGUGAUGCAUUUGCCAUAAGAUACCCAAAUAAAGCUGAAUUACUAGCAUACUUUGCUUUGAUUGUUAUUGAACCUGGAUCCGAUGAAUUAAGACUACCUUUGUCCCUUUAGCCAAGAUAUUCGGAUCACUUUGAGAAUUUCCUCUUUGUAGUAUACUCUGAAAAUCCACCAGCAGCAUUGAUCAGUGACUUUCAAUAAUAUGAAUGCGAAGAUAAUGGCUUACCUAGAAAUGUUUUGAUCCUAAGAUAAUAAAACAAAAAUAUGUUGGAUAGAUUAAUUGGCUACUAUAUAGGAAAAUCCAACUCAAAAAUAAAUGUAGUCAGCAAUACGACCUUAUUUCAUGAAUUUUAGUCUAUUGCUAGAGAGUAUAUAGAUGAUACUUUGGAAUAAAAGAUCUGCAUUCAUAAUCCAAAAGUAUUUAACAUGAUUUUAGAGAAAUAAUUCUUGCUAGCUGAGCAACAGUUUUUUUCUCAGUCAGAUGAAGAUAAAAAAGUCAUUCGAGCAGUUAUAUCUCUUCUUUUAAAGCAAUUAAAAAGUGCCCCUGCUAAUAUUCCGACUAAGCUGUUUAGCUUGUUAAAUACAAUACAUGGGCUUGUUAAAGGAAGGAUAGAAACACUUAGACUGCAAGAUUCAGUUAAUUCCGAGAAAAUAGUAAUCAUGAUCAUGCAUGAAUUUGUAGUCAAUAAAGUAUUUUUGGUACAUGACUCAAUUCAUUAUUAAUUUGCUACAAGAUGUUUUACUCAUCUCUAAUAAAUUGAUAAGCUCAUGGAAGUUAACCAGGAUUUAUCAAUUCUGGAGAUUCCAGAUACAGAAGAUUCGUCUAUGAGCAUCGAUUAGAAUAGAAGUAUAAGCUAAAAUGAUAUAUCCUAGUAGUCCAUCGUUGAAAACACGCCAAGCCAGAAUGAAAUAAAAAAUUCUGCAACGAAUAGUGGAGAUAAUUAACAGAAUGCAAAUCAGCAAUAAAUGCCUGAGGAAUUUAAAGCUUGCGUCUACAACUAUGUCAAAUAGACUGCUAAUACUUUCUUAGAGUCAUUUGUUCGAGCUAAUACAAUAAAUAUUAAGAAGCCCAAAAGUUUACUUAUGUAAAUAAUAAACCUAGCUAAAAAUGAGACCACAAAAAGAUAGAAGCAGAAGAUUGUUAAUGAAGUGGAGAAAUCAUUUAAUAUAGAAUGUUAGAAGUUUCCCUCUUAUUAAUAAGUGAUCGUCUUGAACAUUGCUCUAAUUUUUCACAGGGAAAAUUGCUUCAGAUUUAUUUCUGAAAAAGACAUUUAAUACAAUACACUAAACAUAGAGACUCUUGCUAGAUAGAAGGUAGAUCAAAUUAUAAAAUAAGGAAGUCUCAAGUUUAGUCUUAAAUUGGCAGAGAAUUUCUUCAUGAAUCCAGUCCAAGAGAUUAACCAAAUAUUAUUAAAAGAAAAAGAGGCUGCUAAUUCAACGAUAGAUGCUAAUGAAUAGGGACAUUCUCAAAGUUAGUCAAAAUUUGUUGGAAGUUAAGGUUAAAAUUUAGAAUAAGAAUCAACUACUGUUGGCUCAAAUAUUAGUUAUGAUAGUUCUAUAAAUUAGACUAAAUAAUAUGAUAGCAAGCUCUACGAUUAAUUUCAAAGAUCUAAACUCUCUCAAAAAUCCUAACAAAAUUAAUACAUCUAAAAGCCUGAGAAGAACUUUAAUGAGAGCUAAUAAUAAGAUUACAGAUAAGGAGGAGGAGAUGGAUAUUAAGGGAAUUCAAGAAAGCUUAAACCUAUAAAAUCAAGCAACAAUUAAUAAUAUCAAUAGAAUAGGAAGUAUGAUGCUAUGUAAAAUGUAGAAUUUUGA